GAACCCUAUUAUUUUAAUAUUAUUUUGGAACAAGUUCCGGUCUUCCUCUUGUUUCAAACAAAGGGGUCAUUAAAAAAAAAAGUUGGGUGUUGUGGUUUUCUUUCAUCAUCGACCGAAGCAAAUGGAAGCGCACUCGAUCGUCGUCCUCUGAGCACGGGCUCUGUUUCUGCGACGAGGAGAGAAAGAGGAAGAAGAUGAUGAGAGUGAAAUUGAUGAAUGAGUGAAGGAAGGAAGGAAGGAGACAGAGACCAGAGCAGAGCACCAUUCUCACACCGUUUGAUGAAUCUGCAUCUCGAGAUUGGCGCCUCCGCAGCUCUGCUAUUCUCUUGAGUCUUCUUUUCUUGCCUGCAUAAUUGGGAGUGAUGGAAUCAGAUGCAUGGAGGUGCAGGAGAACAGAUGGGAAGAAGUGGAGGUGCGGGAUGAGUGUGGUUGCUGGCCAGAAAUACUGCCACCGCCAUAUGCACAGAGGCCGCCUCCGUUCAAGAAAGGCUGUGGAAGCCGCUGCCAUUGCCCUUGAGAGACCAGCUCAGACUUCAGCGGACCUCCAUCCUUCCUCCUCCAAAAAUGCCCUCUUCCCCGCCCCAACCCUAACCCAGAACGCCGCCGCUACGGAUGCCCUUAAACUUAAAAGAAGCAGCGCCCUUCCAGCUACUCUAACCACGGAUUUGUGCCCCACGCCGGCCGCCAACAACAACAACAAUGUGCUUCAGCCUCAUGGCCUAGAUUUCUCCCCAAAGAGUGUCCUUCCAGUUGAGCGGUGCUUCCAUGGAGUCCUCGACGAGGCAGGGAGGUGCAGGAGAACGGAUGGGAAGAAGUGGCGCUGCCGCCGCCAUGUGCUCCCCAGCCACAAGUAUUGCGAGAGGCAUUUGCACAGGGGAGCUAAACCACGCCCUCAAACUUACCCACAGCCACCUAAACUGCCCAACAUUGCCACUCACACUGCUGCACAGCCGGUCAUUAAUACCACUACUUCCACUACCAGCAGUGACGCCACCAUUAGCGACGACGCCACCAUUAGCGACGACGCCACCUUCAUUGGCAUUGCCAGUAGUGCAAAUUCCAGAAACUAGCUAACUAUUCCAACACAGGCCCUUUUCAAGUCUGUGUUGAGACUUCUGGUAUGAUAUGCUCUAAGUAAUUAGUGUUUGACAAGUUGAAGGUUUCUGCUACCAGGAAACAACUGAUUGACUGAUAUUUUGAUCGGAGCAGCAAACAAGUAGUGCGUGCAUUCAGAGCUUAGUUACUACUGUACGAGAAUCGCAAUUCUUAUGUGCUUAACUGAUCC